AUGAGCCAGCUUGAAUGGAUUGUGGAAGCGAUUCUACGCCGAUUCGAGCCUUCGACCACGACCAUCACAGGAAUUGGCUUCCUUGUUGAUGCUUAUGUGUUGUUCAGUAUCAACCUCGUAAACAACGUGCUGGAGAAGGUGUACCCCGACCAAGCGGAUGAGUUCACCAUAUCGGCCAUCACGAGCAGCGUCGUCGUUGGCACGCUCAUCGGACAGCUGCUGUUCGGAAUGGUCGCGGACCAGCUCGGCAGGAAGCUCAUGUUCGUGACCACCAUGGCGCUGGUCAUCGUGGGCACCUUGGGCAGGGUGUGGCGAUUGAUUCUGGGCGUUGGGCUCGGCGGAGAGUAUCCUCUCACCGCCAUCAUCACGAGCGAGUUCUUCGAGAACGACGCCAACCGAGGCGCGCGGAUAGCCGGCGUGUUCUCACUUCAGGGAUGGGGCAAGCUGGUGGCACCGAUGAUCCUCUACUUGUUGCUGAUCGUCGCCGGCAACAAUCUAGACUUGGUGUGGCGGUUAGCGUUGGGGCUCGGCGCCAUACCUGCGUUCAUCACGUUCUGGCCGCGCCUGGGAAUGCACGAAACGAAAGCCUUCAUGGAGGAGCAAAGGAAAAAUGAGCCAAUCAACUGGCGGAGCAUCUUCCAGGUCUACUGGCGCAAGCUCCUGGGAACAUGUAGCACGUGGUUCCUCCUCGACUCGGUUCUUUAUGCCAAUGGCCUCUUCACGGGCACGCUUCUGGAAACGGCGGGUCUCAGCGGCAACGACGGCGAGAUGUCGCAGCUGAUGAACGAUGCCAAGAUCACGAUGAUCGUGGCGUUCAUCGGGCUGCCGGGCCACUGGCUGAGCAUCUAUCUCAUCGACCGCUGGGGCCGCCGCACGCUCCAGAUGUGGGGCUUCGCGCUCAUGACGGUGCUCUACAUGGUGCUGGGCGGCUUCUUCGAUUGGGUGACGAUGUUCUCGCCGGCCUUCAUCUUCCUCUACGGGCUCACCUACUUCAUCGCCAACGCCGGCCCCAACACCACCACCUACGUCCUGCCCGCCGAGGUGUUCCCCACCAAGAUCCGCUCCACAUGCCACGGCCUCUCGGCGGCGUGCGGGAAGGCCGGGGCGGCCAUCGGCACCAUCGUCAUGGGUCCGAUGCUCGAGCAGUGGGGCGUGGGAGUGACGCUCAUGGUGUGCGGCGGCGUGUGCGCGGCCGGCUACCUCAUGACGGUGCUCUUCGUCGACGAGACGGUGGGCAAGACCCUCGAGGAGCUGUCUGAGGAGGACGACGAGCUCACCCUCCUCUUCCCCGACCCCGAGCUGGCCGACCGCCUUCGCCGGGAGGAGCGACGCCUCAAGCUCGUCUUCAGCCGGGGCAACCCCGACGCGGCGGAUCUCGACUCAGCUCCUCUCACUCGACUGGGCCUCACCAUGGACUCUGCCAAGCUGCGAUGA